UCGGCGCGGCGCUUUGGCGUAUUCGCCUCGCGGUCUCCCGCCCCGGGGUGUUCAAGCUGGGCGAGCGGACCGCGCUUCGGCCCUACGGCUGGAGCCCGCACGCUCCCUGUCGCUUUCCCUGCCAUCAUGUUCCCGGCCGUCUCCUCUCCGCGGACCCCGGGGCCCGGGGCCCGAAGAGGCCCGCUGGGCGGAGUAGGGCCGAGCUCCACGCCCCGGGCGACGAGCAGGAAGGGUCUGUCCAUGGGGUCUGCAGUCAGCUCCCCGGUGCUUUUCUCGCCGGUCGGCCGGCGGAGCUCGCUGAGCUCUCGAGGAACACCUACACGAGUAUUCCCACACCACUCUGUAACUGAGUGUGUAAACUAUGAUGUAAAAACGUUUGGAUCUUCACUUCCUGUUAAAAUCAUGGAAGCCCUAACAUUGGCUGAAGUUGAUGAUCAGCUGACUGUCCACAUAGAUGAAGGUGGAUGGGCUUGUCUGGUCUGCAAAGAGAAACUCAUUAUUUGGAAGAUUGCUCUGUCACCUAUUACUAAGUUAUCUGUUUGCAAAGAACUUCAGCUGCCACCUAGUGAUUUCCACUGGAGUGCUGACUUGGUGGCUCUCUCUUACUCUGCUGCUUCAGGUGAAGCACCUUCUACUCAGGCUGUUGCUGUCAUGGUUGCCACCAGAGAAGGAUCCAUCCGCUAUUGGCCAAGCCUUGCUGGUGAAGACAGCUACACAGAGACUACUGUAGAUUUGGGAGGUGAUAAGACUUACAGUUUUCUAACAGCAGUGCAGGGAGGAAGUUUUAUUUUGUCCUCUUCGGGAAACCAGCUGAUUCGGCUGAUACCUGAAAGCUUAGGAAAGAUUCAUCAGCAUAUCGUGCCUCAGGGGCAAGGCAUGCUUUCAGGAAUUGGUCGGAAGGUUUCUUCUCUUUUGGGAAUUUUAUCUCCUAGUAGUGAUCUCAUACUUUCAGGUGUCCUUUGGGAUAGAGAGAGAUCAAGCUUUUAUAGCCUGACAAGUUCAAACAUCAGUAAAUGGGAAUUAGAUGAUUCUUCAGAAAAACAAGCACAUAGUUGGGAUAUAAAUAGAGCACUGAAGGAAAACAUUACUGAUGCUAUUUGGGGAUCUGAAAGUAACUAUGAAGCUAUUAAAGAAGGAGUCAACAUUCGGUAUUUGGAUUUGAAACAAAACUGUGAUGGGCUCCUGAUUUUGGCAGCAGCAUGGCACCCAGCAGACAAUCCGUGUCUCAUCUAUUACUCUUUGGUAACAGUAGAAGAUAAUGGCAACCAAAUGUCAGAUGCAGUGACUGUGGAAGUCACUCAGUAUAAUCCCCCUUUUCAGUCUGAAGACUUGAUUAUGUGUCGGUUGAUGGUCCCAAACUUUUCAAACCAGACUGCCUACCUAUAUACUGAAAGUGCUGUCUAUGUGUGCUCCACGGGAACUGGGAAGUUUUCUCUUCCUCGGGAGAAAAUUGUCUUUAAUAUACAAGGAGAUAGUAUUUUGGGAGCUGGUUCCUGUGGUGGUAUUCCUAUCCUUUUUUCUAGAAACAGUGGAUUGGUGUCUAUUACUUCAAGGGAAAAUGUGUCUCUGUUAGCAGAAGACCUUGAAGAUUCCCUAGCAUCUUCAGUUGCUGGACCAAGCAAUGAGAGUAUGGUUUUUGAGACCUCUACAAAGAAUGAAACCAUAGCCCAGGAAGAUAAAACCAGAUUGCUAAAAGCUGCUUUUCUGAAAUACUGCAGAAAAGAUGUAGGUCAUGCUCAGAUGGUGGUUGAUGAGCUGUUUUCCUCUCCCUCUGACUUGGAUUCCGAUCAUGAACUGGACAGGGCUGUCACCCAAAUCAGUGUGGACCUGGUGGAUGACUACCCAGCCUCUGAUCCACGAUGGGCUGAGUCUGUCCCCGAGGAAGCACCUGGGUUUAGCAAUACAUCACUGAUUAUUCUUCAUCAGCUAGAAGACAAGAUGAAAGCCCAUUCUUUCCUCAUGGACUUUAUCCACCAAGUUGGUUUAUUUGGACGUCUGGGCACUUUUCCAGUAAGAGGGAUGCCGAUGGCAACUCGACUGUUGCUCUGCGAGCAUGCUGAAAAGUUGUCAGCUGCUAUUGUUCUCAAGAACCACCACUCCCGGCUUUCUGAGCUGGUGAACACAGCAAUAUUGAUUGCUUUAAAUAAGAGGGACUGUGAAAUUCCAUCCAACCUGACCCCCGCAGAUGUCUUUUUUAGAGAGGUGUCCCAGGUGGAUACCAUCUGUGAAUGUUUGCUGGAGCAUGAGGAGCAAGUCUUAAAGGAUGCAUCAUUGGAGUCAGUUGACUGGGCUGAGGUGGUGAUCAAUGUGAACAAUAUUCUCAAGGACAUGCUGCAAGCUGCUACUCAUUAUCGACUAAACAGAAACUCCUUGUAUAGAAGAGAAGAACCACUAGAAAAAGAACCUGAGUAUAUUCCAUGGACAGCAACAAGUGGUCCUGCUGGCAUCCGAACAGCAAUAGCACGCCAGCAUGGGAUUGUCCUGAAAAUGGUUUAUCCUCAGGCAGAUAGCAAGCUCCGGAGCACUCUGACAGAGCAGCUGGUAGCACUGAUUGAUUGCUUCCUGGAUGGUUAUGUUUCUCAGCUUAAGUCUCUGGACAAAUCUAGUGAUCAAGAAAGAUAUAACAACCUGGAAAUGGAAUACCUACAGAAAAGAUCAGAUCUCUUAUCUCCGCUUCUCACAUUGGGCCAGUACCUGUGGGCUGCUUCGUUAGCAGAAAAAUACUGUGACUUUGAUAUCUUAGUACAAAUGUGUGAGCAGACUGACAACCAAACCAGACUCCAGCGUUACAUGACCCAAUUUGCUGAUCAGAAUUUUUCAGACUUUCUCUUCCGUUGGUAUCUGGAGAAAGGAAAGCGAGGCAAAUUAUUAUCUCAGCCCAUUUCUCAGCACGGACAGUUGGCGAAUUUUUUGCAAGCUCAUGAACAUCUCAGCUGGCUACAUGAAAUUAACAGCCAAGAAUUAGAAAAGGCUCAUGCAACACUUCUGGGUUUGGCAAAUGUGGAAACUCGUUACUUUGCAAAGAAAAAAACCCUUCUUGGGUUGAGUAAACUGGCUGCAUUAGCUUCAGACUUUUCAGAGGAUAUACUGCAAGAAAAAAUUGAAGAAAUGGCUGAGCAAGAGCGCUUUCUGCUGCACCAGGAGACCCUCCCUGAGCAGCUGCUAGCUGAAAAACAGCUAAGUCUCAGUGCAAUGCCGGUAUUGACUGCACCGCAACUCAUUGGGCUAUAUAUCUGUGAAGAAAACAGAAGAGCUAAUGAAUAUGAUUUCAAGAAAGCUUUGGACCUGCUGGAAUAUAUUGAUGAAGAGGAAGAUGUAAAUAUAAAUGAUCUAAAACUGGAAAUCCUUUGCAAAGCUCUUCAGAGAGAUAACUGGUCCAGUUCAGAUGGUAAAGAUGAUCCAAUUGAAGUGUCUAAAGACAGUAUAUUUGUGAAAAUCUUACAGAAACUUGUAAAAGAUGGCAUUCAGCUCAGUGAAUAUCUACCGGAAGUGAAAGACCUACUACAAGCAGAUCAGCUGGGAAGCUUGAAGUCUAAUCCUUAUUUUGAGUUUGUUUUGAAAGCAAAUUAUGAAUAUUAUGUCCAGGGACAAAUGUAACUUUUUCUAAAAAUGGCCAUUGUUCCUGGAAAUUUGUGUAAGUGUGUCCUUAUAAAAAUUUUAGGCCUAAACAUCUAGAAGUUUGUACAGUUUUAUAGCAUGUAUUGCUGAGUUUUUUAUACUUUAUUUGGAGCUACUAUAAAACAGCUAUGUAACUAUACUUUUAAUUGUUAGUUGCAUGAUAUUUUCUCUUUUCCUUUUUUCCAUCUGAAAUUUAUCAGUUGAUGUUUCUAUACUUGCUGCUCUUUCUUUUCAAUCUCAUUCCAUCCAGGGUUCUAGACUUCUUGUCCUGGUUCUGGCUACUUGUAUGCACAGAUCACUUCUAGGCUUCAGUUUCUUUAACUCUAAAAAUAACAAAAUUGUACUGGGUUGUCUCUGAAAUGGCCAUGACUCUGGAUAUUGUGCACUGAAGAGAAUCUGGAGUGUUUGGUAUCUAUUUUGGUUAGGGCUAAUGGGAAAUAUCUAGUAAGAUAAAUGUGAAAUUUUGCUGACUUCUUAUAGGACAAAAGACAAAGUAGAGUGGGCCUAAUUCAUGUGAGCUUGAUAACUGAUUAAUUCAUUGGUAAAACUUGAAAGUUUUCUGCAUAAAUAAUAGAAUAUUAAUGGAAGUAUUUUAGUGAAUAAAACAUUUAUGUGGCUUUCUAACCUAUCUAUAAGUUCCGUAUAUUAAAUUUAUAGUAUUAGUGUUAGUUACAGUCUUUCAGUAUGGGGAUUCAAGCAACUUCAUAUAUUUUCAGGGUGAUUUACACUGAGUUCCAGCUUUACCACAGUCUGUCUAGCUAAUAUAAAGCAUGCACAAUGCUAGAAACCAUUAUAGGGUUUCUUAAUAUGGCAUCUGAUUUAACUGAAAAGUAGUAGUUCUUAAAGUUUCUUUGUCCUAACCAAUGUCAUCACUCAGUUUUAAUCUGGCUUUAAAUAAAGACCAGAGAUUGGGCAGGGAGUUGCUGGCAUAUUCAGACUUGGCCCAGUUGAAUGCUCACUAAACGACUUGCUCCAACAGCUGAAAAGGUCAGCAGUUAAAUAUGGUAAAGAGAGUCCUGUUCCUGUUUCACAAAGCGCAGCCGUCAUGCCCUCUCCCCUCCAGGCUGUGAAGCAGCCUUUGACCGUGUUUGGGAGAACUGGUUAGUGGAGCUGUUUGCAUUAAUAAUCAAAGGGAGGAAAUGAGGAGCCUGGUCUUUUUCUGUUUGCAGCUUGUGUGUUGGGACAGCAUCAGGGUCCGGGUUAGGAAUAUAGGGAAGGUCCAAGAGGAGUUAGGAAGAGGAGCUUGUCAGAGAGCAGGUCAGAAAUCGUUGAAUUCUUAUGUUAUGAGAUGAGGCUUUGGUUUUACAGAGACGUUAACAGUUCUCACCUGUAUGAUCCUGGCAGGUAGUAAUGUGCUCUGGGGACACAGGAUUGUGCCACCCUCACAUGCCGCCACUAAUCUAAUUAUCCCUAGUAUGACAGGAUAGCCAAUCUGAUGAUGCCUCUGGCCCUGCUGAUUCUGUGGAUGUGAAACUGCUCUCAUAGUGUCAUCUCGUGGUCUGGCUGAGGGGUGAGAGGUCUCGCUCUUCCAGCACUGUCUCCUAGAGGCAGUAGCUAUAGCACCACAAUGGGUGGGUUUUUAAAAAUUAUUUUAACAGUAAUAGUGAAAUUAAGGCCUAAGAUUUUGAAUAAUUUUUUCUUCUGAACUUCAAAAAUUUGUUCUACAACAUCAUCUUUAUCAAAGAAUUAUUGAUUUUUAUAUAAAUUGAGUAAUUGAUAAUGACAAAUUAUAAUUGUGCUUUAAAGGCGAGACUGUUUUCUAGUGAAAGGGAAACUUUGAUUGGGAAGAGGUUUUUCCACUCCUGUCUCUGAAUGCUGUUCUGAAAGUUGCAGUUUGCUGCUUUCAUUAAAUCAAAUAAUCAGGUUGUGAUUCUGAUAAUGAGUAGCAGGCCUUGUGUGUUGGAAUGGCUUAAGAAUUUGUGAAUGUGUCAAGGAUUAAGGCAGAACUUGAGAUACGUAUGAGACUCACUGAAAUCCAUAGUGAACUAAAAGACUACUGAUACGCUCUGUUUUACGGUUUUCAUUUUUGAAGAAAACUUUUAAAAAUUG